AUGUCAUCCCCAGAUUUGAAUCGUCUCCAUACGCACGACUUGGAGCUGGGAACGACCGAAGUCGUCCAGAAACAUGUCACCCGCAACGUCGUCCCACCAAGACGCGUGUCUCAGCGCCGCCUCGACUUCGAGCACGCCCGGCCUCGCUGGCUGCGCGAGUGCAUCGCGGAGGCGACCGGCGUCUUCAUGUACGUGCUGCCCGGCAUCGGCGCCAUCGCCUCCUUCACCUUCAAUGCCACCAACCCUGUCGGCUCCACGGCCUUUGGCAGUCUCUUCUCCAUCGGCUUCGCCUUUGCGCUCGGCAUCGCCUUUGCCAUCAUCACUUGCGCGCCCACCUCGGGCGGCCACUUCAGUCCCGCGGUGACCAUUGCUUUGUGCAUAUGGCAGGGGUUUCCGCUCAAGAAGGUUCCGUAUUACAUCUUUAGCCAGCUCCUCGGAGGCUUCCUGGCCGCCUUGGUGCUCAUGGGCAUCUACCACCAGCAGGUCGUCGAGAUGAAGGAGGCCCUGCUGGCCGCCGGCGAGCCUCUGGUUGCAAAUGGCGCCCCGGCGAGCAUCCUAUGCUCGUUCCCCAACCCGGACCAGACGAUGGGAUACGUCUUCAUGACCGAGUUCUUCUGCGACUGCUUCGUCAGCCUCAUCAUCUGGGCCUGCCUCGACCCGGCCAACCCCUUUGUCUCGCCUGCGAUUGCUCUCCUUGUCAUCGGCCUGGCAUACGGCGCAAUGGCCUGGGGUUUUGGAGCCAACACGCUGAGCAUGAACACGGCGCGAGACCUGGGUCCCAGAGUCGUGGCCGCCAUCUUCUUUGGUAGCGAGGCCUUUUCCUAUAAGAACUAUGCGCCCAUUGGCAUCUUGGUUAGCAUUCCGGCCAUGCUGGUUGCCACUGCCUUCUACGAGCUUGUGAUGAAGGAUAGCUUGAAUAUCAUCGAGACGGGCCAUGCUGUUCAUGCGGAUGGGGAGGAGGCGUUGGUGAGGCACAUUACCAGGACGACUACUGUUGAUGAGAAGCAUUGA